AAUGGCACAAACUAAUUUUUGUCACGAGCUUCGUGCCAUCCGUGUAUUUUUACUUCCAUUCUGAUGUUUCGGUGCGGUUGUCAUGAUUUUAUUCAAUGCCAAAUGAAAGGUUGAGGUCGACAAUGGUUUUUUUUCGCUGUGACGUUCGAUGUUUUGACGAUAAGAAACCCACCCGAGAACACUUUUUUUUGUCAUAAAACAAGUUCUUUAAUUGGCGAAAUUUGCCGUACUUGACGCGAAAAUGUGUUUUAAAGGCUUUCGAGUCAUUCAUUUUGAACGGAGCAGAGGGGUUGCGUCAUGCCCGAACUUGUUGACAUUCUUUUGUUUACAGUGUUAGACCCGACAGGCUGUGGGUUCGAGCAGAAAGCUGUUCUGCUGCUUGUAAGAAGAAGUGACAAAGUAGGCCUUUCAGCUCUGCUUUUACAGCUGAGUCCAAGUUUGAUGAUGGAAGCAAAGUAAGCUGCACAUUGACGAGUGUUUACGUAAGAAAAGGAAACAAAAGAACAUUGCAAGAAUGGAUGAGUCAUUUGAUCCACUCAAGUGUAACGAGGACUUGCCUUCCUCACCAGGGUGCCACAUGGAGUAUGAUGACUUGCCUGAGCUGCAGGAGGUGGAGGAGGACCAGAGGUCUCAGGGGUUGUUUCGGGUGGGAGCUGUAUCUCACCAGGAGCUCAGCUGCUCGCCUAACACCAACUGGCUUGCUGAGUUAGCCAACAUCGCCACCAGUCCUCAGAGCCCUCUGCUGAAGGAUGCCCCGCACAAGAGGUUGGCCCAAUAUCCUCUGAAUCAGCUAAGCCUAACAAAAAUUGUAUCAUCUCCAGUUCACAUCUUUGGCAGCAGCAACAGUUUACAUUCCUAUGCCCGGCCACCGUUAGCCAGCAGUGCACCCAACCCUUCCAGGGGCCACCUCAGGGAGCGCAGGCGUGUCAGGGCCAGCAGUGAAUCAGAGUCUGGUGUUUUCUCAAUGUCCUCGUCGUUUUCUGAUGAUGAAGACAUGGCGUGGUCUCAUUCCUGGCCCUCCACUGCCUGGCACUGCUUCCUCAAAGGAACUCGCCUGCGUUUCCACCGAGGUCCAAAUGUGGAAUGGCAGGAAGCUGAUGAACUGGGGGAUUCGGAUGAUGACUCGGAUGAUGAAACCAUGAUACAAUCCUCAUUUUCUCUCAAGAGAUAUGGUUCAGAUGGACUUAAACUUGUGAACCAUGAAGAAACAAUUUCUUUUGGUCAGGCAAUUCUUAAACUGACCUUUGACCCAGGCUCGCCAGAUAAAGGGCUUCUAACUGCAGAAUGCCGAUUGGAUCAUCCAUUUUUUGUCAAAAACAAAGGGUGGUCUUCCUUUUACCCGAGCCUUACUGUGGUGCACCAUGGGAUUCCCUGCUAUGAGAUGAAGCUGGGAGAUGUGUGCCUGCCACCCAACCACCCAGAUGCUAUUAACUGUGAUGACUCAGUUGUUUUUGACACUUUCAGAAGCUACGACUUCACCCCGCUUGAUUCCUCAGCUGUGUAUGUUCUCAGCAACAUGGCUCGUCAGCGCAGAGCCUCCCUGUCCAGCGGGGGUGCUGUCAGUCCAGACUGUGAUAAAUUGGAGCACUCCGGCUCCCCGCAAUCCUCCAGUAUCAGAUCAAACAGGAGCCAUAAUUCAGGGACUGCCAUCGGUGCCACACCUACAAAAUGCAAGCGGCCAAUGAAUGCCUUCAUGCUAUUUGCUAAGAAGUACAGAGUGGAGUACACACAGAUGUAUCCAGGAAAGGACAAUAGAGCCAUUAGUGUCAUCCUGGGUGACAAGUGGAAGAAGAUGAAGAAUGAAGAGAGGAGAAUGUACACCAUGGAGGCCAAGGCUUUGGCCGAGGAGCAGAAAAGACUCAAUCCUGACUGCUGGAAGCGUAAACGAACCAACUCAGGUUCCCAGCAGACCUAAACCCCUCACCAGAACCCCCAGCAGCUGGUGUGUUUUUUUUUUUUUAGCAUGGAGAGGGUGCUGAAGUUGACAGACCGCUUGAUGCCUCUUUGCUCUCCUGUAUUCUUGAGAUCCAAAUGUGAUGCUGAACUCACUCGCUUUUGUAAACUUUACAUAUUUUACUUUACAUAGUGACAAAACAGAAUUAUUGCGAAAAAAAAACAUAUACAAGAAAUGUAAUCUAGUCACUAACCGUGCAUAUAUUUUCUUAUACCUUUAAUGUCAAAGAUGUCUUAUUCCCAAAACGUUGGGAAAACGUCUCAUGUAUUUCAGGUCAUUUUUUUCUUUUUCCUUUUCUUUUUUGUUCAGUGGUGAAAAAACAAAGAGAGGUGCUGUGCUUUAGGACAGAAAGAUGAGCUAACAUCUGUUUGUAAUAGGAAACAGGCAAAUUUAGAUAACUUUUUACUCUUCUUCAUAUUGAUAUUUGUAAGAUUUAGUAUAUUGCACAGAUUGGUAAUCCAUACAGUUUGUAUCCUACCACUGUACUAUGGCUCAGAGUUUAUAAGCAAACCCAUCCAACCACCAAUAUCUUUAUUGGUGGUCAGGCACAGGCACGUCAGGCCUCAGUGGUUACUUCUUCUGCACUUUAUAUAAAUAAUGUAAUCUGGUCCUAUACAACCAUUGUAUACUGGUGAAACAGUUUGUAUAUUACAUCUAGUAUUUUCCUAGUUACCCAUUUGUCACAAUCAUGGCACAGCAGCUGUGCUUUGCUUUCAGGUUGCUUUUGAAUUUUAAGUACUUUGUUCAUAAUGUACAGUUUUCAAUGCACCAAUGUCUUGCACAAAUUAUCCUUGUAUUAUAUUAUAAAUAAUUUUUUAAACUUCUCA